AUGCCCCAAGAUUCGGCGUCGGAACCCGAACCGGAUGAUUCUGAUCCAGAACUUGAAUUCGUAGAGGCUGAUCCCACUGGUCGGUACGGUCGGUAUAAAGAAGUACUAGGCAAGGGAGCUUUUAAAAAAGUAUAUAGAGCAUUUGAUGAAUGGGAAGGCAUAGAGGUGGCUUGGAAUCAGGUCAAAGUUGCAGAUCUCUUGAGAAAUUCCGAGGAUUUGGAGCGGCUGUACUCAGAAGUUCACUUGCUAAAAACUCUUAAGCAUAAGAAUAUUAUCAAAUUUUACAACUCAUGGAUCGAUGACAAGAAUGAGCACAUCAACUUCAUUACCGAAAUAUUCACCUCUGGAACUUUGCGACAGUAUCGGAAGAAACACAAGCAUGUUGAGUUGAGAGCACUGAAAAAAUGGUCCAGACAAAUCCUAGAGGGUCUUUUAUAUCUUCAUAGUCAUGACCCCCCAGUUAUUCAUCGAGACUUGAAGUGUGAUAAUAUAUUUGUUAACGGGAACCAGGGAGAGGUGAAAAUUGGUGAUCUGGGACUUGCUGCUAUUUUGCAUCAGGCUCGUUCAGCUCACAGUGUCAUUGGCACACCGGAGUUCAUGGCACCCGAGCUUUAUGAGGAGGAAUACAAUGAGCUUGUAGAUAUAUAUGCCUUUGGUAUGUGCUUGCUGGAGCUAUUGACCUUGGAGUAUCCAUAUGUUGAAUGUGUCAAUGCUGCUCAGAUAUAUAAGAAAGUGACAGCAGGAAUCAAGCCAGCAUCGUUAGGAAAGGUGAAGGAUCCUGUGGUUAAAGCAUUUAUAGAAAAAUGUAUUGCAAAAGUCUCUGAGCGGUUAUCAGCAAAAGAACUGCUAAUGGACCCUUUUCUCCAAGCUGAUGAAGAUUCUGGAAGUAUAGGAAACUCCAUGCAUUCCCUUCCCCUAAAUGCAGAUGAUAAUGGUGUCCAGUCUGACAGUGGAAAAACACCUCAUGACUCCAUACCUGAGGGUAGUCAAGACUUCAUGGUUCAGGGUCAAAGAAAAGACCAAAAUACGAUAUUUUUGAAACUCAGAAUAGUAGAUUCGUCUGGUCACAUUCAUAAUAUCCACUUCCCAUUUGAUAUUGGGAUGGAUACGUCAACUGCUGUUGCUAGCGAGAUGGUUGAAGAACUGGAUUUGACAGAUCAUGAUGUAUCAAUAAUUGCUGCAAUGAUUGAUUCUGAAAUUCAAUCACAUAUUACAGAUUGGGCACCCAAAGAAAACUCUAGCAAUAUUGUUAGUGGUGAAGCUGAAAGUGGUGGGUAUGCAGCUCAGGAUGAUAUGUCCCCCACGACGCAUGAUUCUCCUCAUUAUAGCCCUCUUGUUUUGGAUAUACUGCCAUCAGGUCAUAAAUAUUGGUCCGAUUCACCCAAAGCUAGUCGUGGAAGCUCUCCACUAAGGCCAGGGCCGUCAAACUUAUUAGAAUCAGUGUCAGCGGUCUCUGGAGACAGCUGGUCCGAAGAAAAUUCACAAUCUCCUAUCAGCCAUAAAGGUUUGAACAGUUUCUGCGAUGCUUCUCCGCGGAGGCAUGUGGAGUCUGAGUCUGAUGAUGAUGGUCAUAAGAAAUGUGAUGAAGAAGCCUCAUUACCCCACGAUUCACAAUUUGGUGAAGUUGACAAACACGGUGAUGUCUAUUCUUGCAAUAUGCCUCAUUCCUUGGGUGAAGAUACAAUUCCAACUGAAACUGAUUCAGAUGAUGUCAAAGGGAUUGCUAAGAAACUUGAGCAUCUAUUAGAUGAGCAGCAAAGGGAGCUAGAUGAACUUAAGAGGAAGCAGGAACGAGCUAUUUCAGAUUUUCUGAAGGAACUUCCCCUGGAUGUCCGUCAGAGAGUUCUUAGAACUAGGAACCAGAAGAUCGCUGAAUAUAAACUGAAUAAUUUGACUGUUAAGUUUAUUGUUCCAGGUUUGCAGAUGUGA